CAUUGUCGCUCAAUGUGAAUAGCAAAUAAUUCGUUUACGUUUAUGUUUCGUAUAAAUAAAAACACAUAAGCAUGGAAGAUGUACAAAAGCACAGCGUGCAUACGCUUAUAUUUAGAUCACUUAAACGCACACAUGAUCUGUUUGUUUCGAAUCAGGGUAAUUUGCCGGAUAUCGAUGAGCGUUUCGAGAAAAUGACUCGUUCGAUCAAGGCCAGGGAUACUUAUGGCUUGGUGAUUGACCGCGCCAUCAAAUCGAUGGACGAUAAAAAAAUGUCCGCCAUACAAAACGGCAGCAGCGACAAGCCAUUGGCCAUUACAGACGGCAGCACCGGCCAGGCUGCAGCCGGCUCGGAUUCGGGUGCAACCGGCGCAGAGACCGGCAGCAUGGUUAGGUCUAAUCGCGACAAGGACAAACCGAUGGUGAUUGGGAACACCUCGUUGGUGCGUGCCUCAAUGCCAACAAGCAGCGGCAGUGGAGCUAGUAAUGUGCAGCUAAUACCAAAGAAAGCGCCUAGCAUUCCCAAGCCCAAGUGGCAUGCGCCGUGGAAACUAUCGCGCGUCAUCUCUGGCCACUUGGGCUGGGUGCGUUGCAUAGCCGUAGAGCCGGGCAACGAGUGGUUUGCCACCGGCGCCGGUGAUCGUGUCAUUAAGAUCUGGGACUUGGCCAGCGGCAAACUGAAGUUGUCGCUGACUGGCCAUGUGAGCACGGUGCGUGGCGUCGCCGUCAGCGCAAAGCAUCCGUAUCUGUUCAGUUGCGGCGAGGAUCGUCAGGUCAAGUGCUGGGAUCUGGAGUACAACAAGGUUAUCAGACACUAUCACGGCCAUCUGUCCGCUGUCUAUUCGCUGGCACUGCAUCCCACCAUUGAUGUGCUCGCCACUUCUGGCCGCGACUCAACGGCACGCAUCUGGGAUAUGCGCACCAAGGCAAAUGUCCACACACUGACGGGCCACACGAACACGGUAGCCAGCGUGGUGGCCCAGGCCACCAAUCCCCAGAUCAUAACCGGCUCUCACGACUCCACCGUUCGUCUGUGGGAUCUGGCUGCCGGCAAGAGCGUCUGCACGCUGACCAACCACAAGAAGUCCGUGCGCAGCAUUGUCCUGCAUCCGUCGCUCUACAUGUUCGCCUCCGCCUCGCCGGACAACAUCAAGCAGUGGCGCUGUCCCGAGGGCAACUUUGUGCAGAACAUAUCCGGACACACGGCCAUUGUCAAUUGCAUGGCGGCCAAUUCGGAGGGCGUGCUCGUCUCUGGCGGCGACAACGGCACCAUGUUCUUCUGGGACUGGCGUACCGGCUACAAUUUCCAGCGCUUCCAGGCGCCCGUCCAGCCCGGCUCCAUGGACAGCGAGGCGGGCAUCUUUGCCCUCUGCUUCGAUCAGUCCGGCACACGUCUCAUCACCGCCGAGGCGGACAAGACCAUCAAGGUGUACAAACAGGAUGACGAGGCCAGCGAGGAGACACAUCCGAUCAACUGGCGGCCCGAUCUGCUCAAGCGUCGUAAAUUCUAAGAGAUUUCUAGUU